CGCCUCUGAAUCGAUUCUAUCAUUGAUCGAUUAGUAUUCCCACCGUUCGAAAGAGUUGGAUCUUCGAUCGAUUAUACUUUCUUGAACUGUUCGUAACAUGGCGGCAACACCAGCAACAAAUCCUUCCCAACUGCUCCCAUUAGAACUUGUGGACAAAUGUAUUGGCUCCAGAAUCCACAUCGUCAUGAAGAAUGACAAAGAGAUUGUCGGCACCUUAUUGGGUUUUGACGAUUUUGUCAACAUGGUGCUGGAGGAUGUAACAGAAUUUGAAAUCACUCCAGAAGGUAGGAGGAUAACUAAACUUGACCAGAUUCUGUUAAAUGGUAACAAUAUUACAAUGCUAAUUCCUGGAGGUGAAGGCCCAGAUGUUUGAAGGAGUUAUGCUUAAGUCUCUCUUUUUUUUUUUAAUUGUACUUCCUUUCUCUUAUGCAUUUGUUCCCCAUUUUUAUUUUCAUUUUUGUUAUUUUGUAAACAAAUAAUUUCUACUGGAGCCAUUGAUUUUAAUUUGGAAUGAUUUGAACAGUUGUAAAUAAGGUGGAUUAUGUGGCGUAUGACGUAUAGGCUCCUCGUGCUACUGAGAGUCCUAGUUUUGUUAUGAAUAAAGCCAUUUGUGCCCAAA